GAUCAACACUUCCAGUUAGGUUUUGGUACAAAAAUCCUCAUUUUUUUCUCUUGAUUUGCUGGUGUUUUUUGAAAUAUGGCAGGGAGAGAAGUUCGUGAGUACACCAAUCUGAGCGACCCAAAAGAUAAAAAAUGGGGGAAAGGAAAGGACAAACUUGACGAUGAAGAUAUUGCUUUCCAGCGUAUGGUUGCCAAGAUGCAAGAGGUUGCUGGAGAACGUGGAGGCUACCUACACGGGCGGGGCGCUUUGGACAGUGAUGAUUUGCUCUAUCUCAAGGAGCAGAUGGAAGCAGAGGAGGAUGCUGAACGCCUCCUGCGCCGCACUGAGAAACGAGCAUUUGCAGCAUUUAAGAAAGCUGCGAGUUUAGCUGAUUGUGCACCUGCAUCCUUUCCUUUGCCUCUUCGAGUUGAGCCGAAGCCAAAGAGCGGAAUCAGGCAGCAAGAUUUGCUGAAAAAAGUCGUGGAAGUUAAACCGAAACGCGCCAAAUUUUCAAGCCCCUCCAACUCUGAGCCUGAGGCGAAUCGAUCCAAUUUACGAUCCCAGGAGCAGGAGUUCAACCAUGAGAAGAAUGAGCAGCAUCGUGUCCCGGAAUCAAAUACAGAAGGAAAGCAGGAUAAGUUGGAAAAUCCUUCCAAAUCCUUACUAGGCUUAGCCUAUGCAAGUUCUGAUGAUGAUGAAGAUGAUUGAUGGAAGACCAAUGCU